UCCAUGGUGAAUACAAAUAACGUGACUGAGUUAAUUAUCAUUGGUCUUUUCCAGGAUCCAGAGGUACAGAGAGUGUGCUUUGUAGUGUUUCUUCUUGUGUACUUGGCCACAAUGGUGGGCAAUGGUCUCAUUGUCCUGACAGUCAAUGUUAGUAAGAGUCUGCAUUCCCCCAUGUACUUCUUCCUUAGCUACCUGUCUCUGGUGGAGAUCACUUACUCCUCUACUGUUGUCCCUAAAUUCAUCACAGACUUACUUGCCAAGAUUAAAACCAUUUCCCUGAAGGGCUGUGUGGCUCAGAUAUUCUUCCACUUCUUUGGGGUCACUGAGAUCUUCCUGCUUACGGUAAUGGCCUAUGACCACUAUGUGGCCAUCUGUAAACCCCUUCACUACAGAAACAUCAUGAGCCGGUCUGUGUGUCACCUUCUGGUGGCUGGCUCCUGGUUUGGGGGCAUAAUUCACUCUAUGGUCCAGAUCCUUGUUGCUGUUCAGCUGCCCUUCUGUGGCCCCAAUGUGACUGACCACUACUUCUGUGACCUCCAUCCCUUAUUCAAGCUUGCCUGUACUGACACUUCUGUAGAGGGAGUUAUUGUGUUGGCCAACAGUGGCUUAAUCUCUGUUUUCUCCUUCCUCAUCUUGGUAUCCUCCUAUAUUGUCAUCCUGUUCAACUUGAGGAAUCAUUCUACAGAGGGGAGGCGCAAAGCCCUCUCCACCCGUGCUUCUCACAUCACAGUGGUCCUCUUGUUCUUCGGACCUGCCAUCUUCCUCUACAUGCGACCAUCUUCCACCUUCACUGAGGACAAACUGGUGGCUGUGUUCUAUACGGUUAUCACCCCCAUGCUGAACCCCAUCAUCUACACACUCAGAAAUGCAGAGGUGAAAAAUGCAAUGAGGAAGCUUUGGGGGAAGAAAGAGAACUCAGGAGUGGAAUAA